CCUGGAAACGCUUGGCACCGUGUGUCAUUGUUUCUUCCUAGGGUAACAGUUCCUAGCUGGGCGCGGGCCUGCUUUUCUCCGUGUCUAGCUACGUCGUGGUUGACUCGCUUUAGGGAAAGGUGGCCUUGGCCGCCGAGACCCUGACCUGUAGGUGACCUCGGCUGUAACGGGGAAAGCGUUCAGAACUCUCUUGCGUACUCACUCACGCAGCCCGUGUGAACUGUUUCUAUUUUUGCCCUUCCUGCAAGAGUAGACACUUCACAAUGACAAAGCCCUGUCCUGCCUUCCCUGUUUUUACAGAUGUGGGACCCUGAGACUCAUUCAGAUAUUCACUCCCUCCUGUCCCAGUCUCCCACCUCCCACCCGCUGAAACUGUUGUCUGUUCUGGCAGGCCUCCUUUCUGUAGCCUUACACUCUUGGGAAGGCAGUGGUUCCCGAAUCAGGAAAACAAUCUCAGAAACAUGUGGAAUGAUAUUGAGCUGCUAACAAGCGAUGAUACGGGAAGUGGGUACCUAGGUGUCGGAUCAAGAAAAGAGCACGGAAGUGCUUUAUAUCAAGUGGAUUUGCUAGCGAAGAUCUGCUCCGAAAAGGCCUCAUUAAAUCCAAAGAUAAAAGCUUGCAGCCUAAGUGAUGGAUUUAUUAUUGUAGCUGACCAGUCAGUGAUACUCUUUGACAGUAUUUGUAGAUCCCUUCAGUUGCAACUCAUAUUCGACUCAGAAGUGGAUGUAGUUGGCCUUUGUCAAGAAGGAAAGUUCCUUUUGGUUGGGGAGAGGAGCGGCAACUUGCAUUUUAUCCACGUAACGUCAAAGCAGACACUGCUCACGAACGCUUUUGUUCAGAAAGCUAAUGGUGAAAAUCAGUGUACUUACCGAACUCUGGUUAUUGAGAAAGAUGGCUCAAGUGAAGGUACCUAUUAUAUGCUGCUUCUUACAAACAAUGGAUUUUUUUGUAUUACAAACAUUCAGCUUGUAAAAAUUCAACAAGCGAUUGAAAAUGUAGACUUCAAUAAAGCUAAAAAGUUACAAGGACAAAUCAAGUCCAGCUUCAUUUCUACUGAAAAUUAUCAUAGCCAUGGUUGUCUGAAUCUUGUGGCUGGAGAUUUGGCAAGCAAAAUCCCUAUGAUCAUUGGGGGAACUGGUAAUUGUGCCUUCUCCAAAUGGGAACCAGACCCUCUCAAGAAGGAAAUGACAGUUAAGAAUGUUGUCGAUGCAGAGAUUAUCAGAGGUGCCAAGAAAUUCCAGCUGAUAGACAACCUACUUUUUGUUCUUGAUACUGAUAGCGUGCUGAGCUUGUGGGAUAUUUACACUCUGACUCCCGUGUGGAACUGGCCCUCUCUUCACGUGGAAGACUUCCUCCUCACCACAGAAGCAGAUUCGCCCUCUUCAGUCACGUGGCAGGGGAUCACAAAUCUCAAGUUAGUAGCCCUGACAACUACGACUCACAAGAAGAUGAAAAACCUCAUGGUCUACUCAUUACCUACGAUGGAAAUACUAUACUCUUUGGAAGUAUCUAGUGUUUCCACUCUGGUCCAUACAGGAAUUAGCACAGAUACCAUAUACCUUCUGGAGGGAAUUUCCAAAAAUGAUCCAGACCCAUCUGAAGACUCGGUCUCUGUUUUAGUACUCAGAUGUCUCACAGAAGCUCUACCAGAAAACAGAUUGAGUCGGUUGCUUCACAAGCACAGGUUUGCUGAAGCCGAGAGCUUUGCCAUUCAGUUUGGGCUGGAUGUUGAGCUUGUUUACAAGGUAAAAUCAAAUGACAUAUUGGAGAAACUAGCUUUGAGUUCUCUGGACACCGGUGAGCACACCGAAUGGCAAAAACUCGUAGAUGAAGCUAAGGAGACGCUACAUAAAAUCCAGGACGAUGAAUUUGUGGUGAAUUACUGCUUGGAAGCUCAGUGGAUAACCUAUGAGACAACCCAGGAAAUGCUCAAUUAUGCCAAAACCAGGCUUUUGAAUAAAGAAGAUAGAACUGUUCCCGUCUAUUCUUAUGGCUUAAAAGAGGUUCUAAGGGCUCACACAAAGUUGACGACUUUUUAUGGAGCAUUUGGACCAGAAAAAUUCAGUGGUAGUUCUUGGAUUGAGUUUCUGAACAAUGAAGAUGACCUCAAGGAUAUUUUUUUGCAGCUAAGAGAAGGAAACCUUGUUUGUGCACAGUACCUUUGGCUUAGACACCGGGCAAACUUUGAAAGCAGAUUCGAUGUGAAAAUGCUUGAGAACUUGCUCAACUCGAUUUCCACACCAGUCUCUUUGCAAAAGCUCUGUCCCUGGCUUAAAAAUGACGUGAUCCCAUUUGUGAGAAGGAUUGUACCGGAUGGACAGAAAAUUCUUGCAAAAUGGUUGGAACAAGCAGCCAGGAACCUUGAAUUAACUGAUAAGGCAAACUGGCCAGAGAAUGGACUUCAACUGGCAGAAGUAUUUUUUACAGCAGAAAAAACAGACGAGAUGGGAUUGGUGUCCUCUUGGCAUUGGAUUUCCUUGAAGGAUUAUGAAAACACGGAGGAAGUACGUCAGUUAAGGACUUUGGUGAAUAACUUGCGAGAGUUGAUCACAUUGCACAGGAAGUACAACUGCAAACUGGCCCUCUCUGAUUUUGAGAAGGAGAACACAACCACCAUUGUGUUCCGAAUGUUCGAUAAAGUGUUGGCCCCGGAGCUCAUUCCUUCCAUCCUGGAGAAGUUCAUAAGAGUUUACAUGAGGGAGCAUGACUUGCAAGAGGAGGAGCUCCUCCUCCUGUACAUAGAGGUACACAUAUAUGCUCAUCCUUGUCAGGAUUUGUUGAAGAGGUGCAGCUCUAAGUCCACGUCGCUCUUCGAGACGGCGUGGGAAGCAAAGGCCAUGGCCGUCAUAGGCUGUUUAUCCGACACAGACCUCAUCUUCGACGCCGUGCUGAAGAUCAUGUACGCAGCUGUGGUUCCCUGGAGUGCGGCCGUGGAGCAGCUGGUGAAACAGCACCUGGAAAUGGACCACCCCAAGGUCAAGUUGUUGCAGGAGAGCUAUAAACUAAUGGAGAUGAAGAAACUUUUACGAGGCUAUGGAAUAAGAGAGGUGAACCUCUUAAACAAGGAAAUCAUGAGGGUGGUCAGAUACAUUCUCAAACAAGAUGUCCCGUCUUCCUUAGAAGAUGCUCUGAAGGUUGCCCAGGCCUAUCUGCUGUCUGAUGAUGAGAUCUACAGUCUGAGGAUCAUUGACCUGAUAGACCGAGAUCAGAGUGAGGACUGUGCCCUCCUUUUGAGGUCUCUGCCUCCUGCUGAAGCUAAGAGGACGGCGGAAAGAGUCAUCAUAUGGGCACGAUUGGCAUUGCAGGAGGAACCAGAUCAUUCUAAAGAGGACAAGGCCUGGAGAACGUCUGUAGUGAGGACAUCAGUGGACAUUCUUAAAGUACUAUGUGACAUUCAGAAAGACAAUCUGCAGAAGAAGGAUGAGUGUGAAGAAACCUUGAGUCUAUUCAAAGCCGUUGCCAGCUUGCAGGAGAACUUUGAGGUCUUUCUUUCAUUUGGAGAUUACAGCAACCGUUCCCUGGUAGCAGAGCUCCGUGAACAGUACAUCAAAGCUCAGGAAGCCGCUCAGGCAAAGUACAAACCCAGGGACACCGCAGGGCCGGCGGCCGCCAAGGAGAAGAGCCUGAGCACUGAGUCCAAGCUGCACAGACAGGCGCUGGCCCUGCAGGUGUCCAGACAGGAGCUGGAGGCUGAGCUGACCCUGAGGGCCCUAAACGAUGGGAACGUGGGAGUGGCGUUGAAAAAAUGCAGAGACUUGUUUAAGUAUCACUGCAACGCUGAUACUGGGAAACUGCUGUUCCUGACGUGCCAGAAGCUUUGCCAGAUGUUGGCUAAUGACGUCCCGAUGACGACAGUUGCGGGACUGAGCCUGCCUUCUGAAAUACAUGAUCUCGCCUGCCAGGCUGCCACCAUCUGCAGCCCAGAUUUUCUACUAGACGCUUUAGAACUAUGUAAAUACACUCUCACGGCAGUCGAGCUUUCCAGACAGUGCCAGAUGGAUGACGGUGGAAUUCUGAUGAAAACUUCUUUUGGAACCCACAAAGAUCCAUACGAAGAGUGGUCCUACAGCAACUUCUUCAGUGAGGACGGAAUCGUCCUCGAGUCCCAGAUGGUGCUCCCUGUCAUUUACGAGCUGAUUUCCUCACUGGUCCCUCCAGCUGAGAGCAAGAGACAUCCCCUGCAUUCUAUAAGUUUGCCAUACUGCUCCAUCAGUGAAGGAGACAGCCUCAUCUUGCCCAGUAUCAACUCCAUCUCCGCCCUACUUCAGAGCCUUCAGGAAUCCAGCCAGUGGGAGCUGGCCCUGAGAUUUGUAGUGCAUUCGUUUGGUACCUGUCUCCAGUACUCGGUGUCAAGCUUCAUGAAUGCCAGUUUGAGUGAAAAGUUGUUUGGAGAGGCCACAUUAGUUAAAUCGAGGAAGGUGAUCAUGGCGUUGAAGGAGAAGGCGGUCCCGUUCAUCAGGGGAAAUGCUACAACACUGUUGCACAAAGUAUUUAACUGUCGCCUGGUGGAUCUUGACUUGGCAUUGGGCUACUGCACUCUCUUACCCCAAAAGGAAGUGUUUGAAAACCUCUGGAAGCUCAUAGAUAAAGCAUGGCAGAAUUACGACAAGAUUCUGGCCAUCUCUCUGGUGGGCUCUCAGCUGGCCAGUCUCUAUCAGGAGACAGAAAUGGAGCUCAAGUUCCGUGAGCUCAGUACUGAUGCCCAGUGGGGCAUUCGCCUCGGUAAACUCGGCAUUUCUUUUCAGCCAGUUUUCAGGCAACACUUUCUCACCAAGAAAGACCUCCUCAAAACUCUCGUGGCGAAUGCAGACAUGGACACAAGCCUCAUUCUGGAAUAUUGCAGCACCUUUCAGUUGAACUGUGAUGCAGCCCUUCAGCUGUUCAUUGAAACACUCCUGCACAACACAAAUGCCAGCCACAGCCAGGGGGACGCGAACUCAGACCCAGCAAAGCAGCAGCAUUCGAGACUCCUGGCCAAAGCCCUGGAAAUGGUUCCUCUCCUGACGAGCACCAAAGACUUGGUCAUCAGUCUUAGCGGGAUACUCCACAAGUUGGACCCCUACGAUUAUGAAAUGGUCGAAAUUGUCCUGAAAGUUAUUGAAAGAGCUGACGAGAAAAUAACCAACAUUAAUAUUAAUCAGGCGCUGAGUCUGCUGAAGCACCUGAAGUCCUACAGGAGACUCUCCCCACCGGUGGACCUGGAGUACCAGUACAUGCUGGAGCACGUGAUCACGCUGCCGUCCGCCGCCCAGACCAGGCUGCCUUUCCACCUGAUAUUUUUUGGCACAGCCCAGAACUUCUGGAAAAUUCUAUCCACGGAACUCAGCGAGGAGUCCUUCCCAACACUGCUCUUGAUUUCCAAGCUGAUGAAGUUCUCUCUGGACACUCUGUAUGUGUCUACCGCCAAGCACGUCUUUGAAAAAAAACUGAAGCCCAAACUGGUGAAGCUACCACAAGCCAAGUCCUCCACCCUGAUUAACAAGGAAAUAACGAGGAUCACCCAGACCAUCGAGUCCUACCUGUUGUCCAUAGUCAACCCCGAGUGGGCUGUGGCGAUUGCCAUCAGCCUUGCCCAGGAUAUCCCCGAAGGUUCCUUCAAGAUGUCCAGUUUGAAAUUCUGCCUGUAUUUAGCCGAGAGAUGGCUACAGAAUAUCCCACCUAAGGAUGAAACGCGUGAGAAAGCCGAGGCUUUGCUGAAGAAGCUGCAUGUGCAGUACCGGCGCUCGGGCACGGAGGCCGUGCUCAUAGCCCACAAGCUGAACACGGCAGAGUACCUCAGAGUGAUCGGGAAGCCCGCACACCUCAUUGCCAGCCUGUACGAGCACCCCAGCAUCGACCGCAGGAUUCAGAGCGCGUCCGGCAGAGACGGUCCCGAUAUUCACGCAGCUGCUAAAGAAAUAGCCGAAGUCAAUGAAAUUAAUUUGGAAAAGCUUUGGGACAUGCUGCUGGAAAAAUGGCUGUGCCCGUCUGCAAAGCCCGGAGAGAACCCAUCAGAAAUAUUCGAACUUCAAGAAGAUGAAGCACUACGAAGGGUCCUGUAUCUCCUCCUGUCUCGUCCGAUUGACUAUAGUUCAAGAAUGCUGUUUAUCUUCGCAACAUCAGCUACAACUACGUUGGAUAUGCGUCAGUUGACCUUUGCCCACAGAACACGGGCCCUUCAGUGUCUCCUCUACCUGGCUGACAAGGAAACCAUAGAGUCUCUCUUCAAAAAACCCAUCGAAGACGUCAAGUCUUAUCUGAAAUGUAUAACUUUCCUGGCAUCUUUUGAGACUUUGAAUAUCCCCAUCACAUAUGAAUUGUUCUGCAACAGCCCUAAGGAAGGCAUGAUUAAGGGUCUUUGGAAAAACCACAGCCACGAGUCCAUGGCAGUAAGAUUGGUGACCGAGCUCUGUUUAGAAUACAAAAUCUAUGAUCUGCAGCUGUGGAACGGACUCCUACAAAAGCUGCUUGGCUUCAACAUGAUCCUUUACCUAAGGAAAGUUUUAACAGCCAUUUCUAGUAUCCAUUCUUUAUGGCAGGUUCCCUACUUCAGCAAGGCCUGGCAGCGGGUGGUGCAGAUACCCCUCCUUUCAGCCUCUUGCCCUUUAAGCCCCAGCCAGUUAUCAGAUUGUUGUGAAAGUCUCAUUGCUGUUCUCGAAUGUCCGGUUUCGGGUGAUCUCGACAUGAUUGGAGUCGCCAGGCAGUAUGUCCAGUUAGAGCUCCCGGCGUUUGCAUUAGCCUGUCUCAUGCUCAUGCCCCACUCGGAAAAAAGACACCAGCAGAUUAAGAACUUUCUGAACUCGUGUGAUCCUCAGAUCAUCUUGCAGCAGUUAGAAGAACAUAUGAAUACUGGCCAGUUGGCGGGGUUUUCACAUCAAAUUCGAAACCUGGUUCUGAAUAAUAUCAUAAAUAAGAAGGACUUUGGGGUUUUGGUGAAGACAAAAUACUUUCAAGUGUUGAAGCUGCACAUGAUGAACACUAGCAACGUCACUGACCUGGUGACCUAUUUGGCAAAAGAAUUAAGUUUAGAUGAAGCCUCCAUCUUUGUCACUGAGUACUCUAAGCACCGUGGGACGCCUGUGCCGGCAGAUGCGGCUCCCUGUGAGAUCCUGAAGGUGUUUCUAAAUGGAUCCUAGUAAAUCAUCAGACCUUUUUCUGGGAGCACAAGAGGACAUUUGGAGCCCGCUAUUAACCGACCCUAUUUAUUAUGGUUUUUAAAUCGUGCAGUCUCUGUGUUAUAGCUGUUGUCAAAUGUCCUUUGACAAGUGAUAACUAAGACACUUGGUAGCCCGAUUGUCCCAUAAAAAACUCAUAUCCUAUGUUAAUAAAUCUUUUAUUUGCUAGUUGUAUAACUGUAACUUAUAGAGACUGUCAUUUUUUUUUUGUACCAUAUAUAAAGGAAACAAAAUACAAGAAUAUUUUGCUUCUUCCCCCACCAGAAGAAAAGCAACUACUUAUAGCCAAUGUCUUCCUCCUAUAAAAAUAAGAAUGUCCUUCUUUUUGAUGGUAUUGUAGUAAACAUGUAUAUUGUCUUUGC